UGCUGAAAAGAUGCAGGUUGCUCAGCUUGAGUGGGUCAGUGUGGGGAAAGCUCUCAGAGAGGCGGCAGCAGAGACAGAACGGAAAUACCAGGCACGUGGGUUUGGGUUCUUGGGGGGCAUUUUGUGCAUGACUUUCUUUUCUCCCAGCAGAUCCACACACCAGCAUGGCUGCCACUGCUGCUGUCAGUCCCAGUGACUACCUGCAGCCCGCUGCCUCCAGCACCCAGGAUUCCCAGCCAUCUCCCUUAGCCCUACUUGCUGCAACAUGUAGCAAAAUUGGGCCUCCAGCUGUUGAGGCUGCUGUGACGCCUCCUGCUCCCCCACAGCCCACACCACGGAAACUGGUCCCUAUCAAACCUGCCCCUCUCCCUCUCAGCCCCGGCAAGAAUAGCUUUGGAAUCUUGUCCUCCAAAGGAAACAUACUCCAGAUUCAAGGGUCACAACUGAGUACAUCCUAUCCUGGGGGUCAGCUGGUGUUCGCCAUCCAGAAUCCCACUGUGAUUAACAAAGGGACCCGAGCAAAUGCCAACAUCCAGUACCAGGCAGUCUCUCAGAUUCAGGCGAGCAGUGGCCAGACCAUCCAAGUACAGCCCAAUCUCGCCAACCAAAUCCAGAUCAUCCCUGGCACCAACCAAGCCAUCAUCACCCCCUCACCAUCCGGUCACAAGCCUGUCCCCAUCAAGCCAGCUCCUGCCCAGAAGUCAAGUACAACGACCGCUCCCGUGCAGAGCGGGGCCAAUGUGGUGAAGCUGACAGGUGGGGGUGGCAACGUGACCCUUACUCUGCCUGUCAACAACCUUGUGAACACCAGCGACACCGGGGCCUCCACUCAGCUCCUCACAGAGAGUCCUCCCAUCCCGCUGUCCAAGACGAAUAAGAAAGCCAGGAAGAAGAGUCUUCCUGCCGCCCAGCCCUCGGUGGCUGUGGCUGAGCAGGUGGAGACGGUGCUGAUCGAGACCACAGCGGACAACAUCAUCCAGGCAGGAAACAACCUGCUCAUUGUUCAGAGCCCUGGCGGGGGCCAGCCAGCUGUGGUCCAGCAGGUCCAGGUGGUGCCCCCCAAGGCCGAGCAGCAGCAGGUGGUGCAGAUCCCCCAGCAGGCCCUGAGAGUGGUGCAGGCGGCAUCUGCCACCCUCCCCACUGUCCCCCAGAAGCCCUCCCAGAACUUUCAGAUCCAGGCGGCCGAGCCAACGCCUACUCAGGUCUACUUCCGUACGCCUUCCGGUGAGGUGCAGACGGUCCUUCUCCAGGACAGCUCCCCAGCAACAGCUGCAGCCACCUCCGCCACCACCUGUAGCAGUCCUGCACCCCGUGCUCCCCAUCCGAGCGGGACCAGCAAAAAACACUCAGCCGCGAUUCUCCGGAAAGAGCGGCCCCUGCCAAAGAUCGCCCCUGCCGGGAGCAUCAUCAGCCUGAAUGCAGCCCAGCUGGCGGCGGCGGCCCAGGCCAUGCAGACCAUCAACAUCAAUGGUGUCCAAGUCCAGGGUGUGCCUGUCACCAUCACCAACGCCGGCGGGCAGCAGCAGCUGACGGUGCAGAACGUUUCUGGGAACAACCUGACCAUCAGCGGGCUGAGCCCCACCCAAAUCCAGCUGCAGAUGGAGCAGGCCCUGUCUGGAGAGGCCCAGCCCGGGGAGAAGCGGCGCCGCAUGGCCUGCACAUGUCCCAACUGCAAGGAUGGGGACAAGAGGUCCGGAGAGCAGGGCAAGAAGAAGCACGUGUGCCAUAUCCCCGACUGUGGCAAGACUUUCCGGAAGACAUCCUUGCUGCGGGCUCACGUGCGCCUGCACACCGGCGAGCGGCCCUUUGUCUGCAACUGGUUCUUCUGUGGAAAGAGGUUUACACGAAGUGAUGAACUCCAGCGGCACGCUCGCACCCACACAGGGGACAAACGCUUUGAGUGUGCCCAGUGUCAGAAGCGCUUCAUGCGGAGUGAUCACCUCACCAAACAUUACAAGACGCACCUGGUCACGAAGAACUUGAAGGGGCUCUGCUGCCCCACACUCGCCUCUGCUGAAGCCCUUGGCUCUGCCCUGGCCCUUGCCUCUCACCAGACCGGGGACACUGGCUCUGCCCAAUGAGACGUUCUAAACCAGGACGAGUGGGAACCUUUAUUUCCAAAGGAAAAACGUGAAUUUCACUCCAUCGAGGAGCAAAGUGAGUCCUCCCCGCCCCCCCCCCAACACUGCGAGAGUCGCAUCAUCGUGCCAUGCCCCGCUCUCCUGCACCUCCCUGGCCCCGGCACCUCAGACGCCCAGGCCCUGCCCCCAGGGCACCACCCAGGGCACCACCGGCAUCCACCUCCUGCCAGGCUCAAGAGGCCGCCUCCACUCCACAUGCCCGCUCUGCCACAGCUCUUCUCCAGCACAUUCCAACUUUCUAUUUAAAAAUGAAACUACCACGGACUCCCUGAUCCCCCUUUUUCUAUGGAGAACGUUGCCUUAUACUCUAUUUCAGAUAAUGAACACUGUGUAUUGUGUGUGCUUUAAAGUUUUAUUUAAUUGCUCCCUUCCUCCUGUACUGUUACUCACGCCCCCAUACCUGCUUUCAGUUUAGGGUUUUGGGGGGCAGUGAUGAGCAUAUGGGUUUUUUUCUCACUAGCAGUUCUCUUUUCUAAAUAACACAGCAUUUCAAUUUGAAUCUGGAUUCAGAUAAAAACUUCACAUCCUCAACCUUUCCACGCUCCCUUCAUCUCACCUACCCCUACCGGCCCAAGCUCUAGUUAUGUACAGUGUAUAUUGUAUAAUAGACAAUUGUGUCUACUACAUGUUUAAAAACAUAUUGCUUGUUAUUUUUGAGGCUUUUAAAUUAAUAAACAAAAUACAACUUUAUUUUUAGUUGUAACUGCUUGAGGUAUGUUUUAUGAUUGACAGAUUUGUUAUCCUUUAUUAACGAUGUACUUCGUUGUUCAGCAUUGGGCUGACAAAAAUUUUUUCUUGCUAAUAAAUUUAGUUGCCUGAGGCAAAACCCGCAA